AUGGCGCGGCUGGUGGUGCUGGCGGCGCUGGUGGCGGCGGCGCGGCCGGCGGGCCCGGCGUGCGCGGCGCAGUGCGCGUGCCGCCGCGACCUGCUGGCCUGCUCCGGCCUGCCCUACCACCGCUUCCCCGACACCGAGGCGGGUGUGCGGCACGUGUCGCUGGCGGGCGCGGCGCUGGGCGCGCUGGGCGAGGCGGCGCUGGACGCGCGCGCGCUGCGCACGCUGGUGCUGGUGGGCGCGCAGCUCAGCCACCUGGAGCCCGCGGCGCUCGCGUCCAUGGUGUCCACCCUGGCGUCGCUAGACCUGGGUUUUAAUGAGUUCACUGAAGUACCUUUACAUUCGCUGCGCGAUUUGAAAGUCUUGAAUUGGCUGAAUUUACAGAAUAACUACAUCAGUGACUUGGGACCGCACCUGAACUGGGGCUUCCUGGCGGACUCGCUGAGCAGCCUGUCGCUUAGCAACAAUCAGCUGUGUGCGCUGGGCGCGGGCGCGCUGGCGUCUCUGCGCGCGCUGGCGCAGCUAGACCUCGACGGCAACCGGCUGCACGCGCUGGCGCCGAGCGCGCUGCCGCCAGCGCUGGCCGUGCUGCGCCUGGCCGACAACCUGCUGCAGCAGAUGCCGUGCGCGGCGACGGCGCGCCUGCCACGCCUGCGCCACCUGCACUUGAGGAACAAUAUGUUACGGCCUACACAAAAUCGCACAUGUCGCACUGAACAUUCUAAAAUUGAUUCCCUGGACCUGAGCCAUAACGAGCUAGACGACUUGUUUGAGCUGGAUUUCCAGCAAAGGCUGCAGCUGAAGCAGCUGAUACUAGACUUCAACGAGUUCACGUCGGUGCCGUCUUUCGUGAUGGACAGUUCCCGGCUUGAGAAGUUAUCGAUCGCAUACAAUAAAGUAGGGCACGUGUCCGAGGCCGCGGUGAACGCGCUGCGGCGCCGCCUGGAGCGCCUGGACCUGGACCACAACGAGCUGUCCGAGCUGCCGCCGAGCGUGGUGCACUUGUCGCGCCUGCGCCACUUGUCGCUGGCGUACAAUCGCCUGCAGGAGGUGGCGACUCUCCCGCCGCACCUGCAUUCUAUCUCUCUGGCUGGCAACUUUCUGACAGCGUUUCCAAAAGGACUGUGGAGCCUGGCGCCUGCGAUGCUUUCAUACCUGGAUAUGGGAUACAACCAGAUAGCGGUGGUGAAGGCGGAUAUGUUCGGCGCGUGGUCAGAGGCGCUGAGCACGCUCAACCUGAAGGGCAACCGCGUGGCGCAGCUGGCGGGCGCGGCGUUCCCGCGCGGGCUGCCGCUGCGCGAGCUGAUGCUGAGCUUCACGGAGCUGAGCGUCGUGCCGGGCGCCGCGCUCGCCAGCCUGCCGGCGCUGCGGGCACUGGAGCUGUCCUCCUCGCUGCUCAGCGGGGAGUUCCCGCUCGCCGGCUCGAGCUCGUCGCUCUCUUGGCUUAGUUUAGAUAACAAUAACAUUCACUACGUCUCCAGUGAACAUAUCCAUAACUUUCCAUCGCUAGAAUAUCUCAAUUUAGAUUUUAAUAAAAUAAUAGAGUUCCCCAGUGACGUGUCGGGAACGAACUGUUCGUCUCGCCUGAAAGAACUGAGAUUGUCGUACAAUUACAUAAGUAAAAUAAGCUGUGAUUUUUUCGGAAAGUUGACGGAUUUACAGAGUGUUGACCUUUCAUAUAAUCGCGUGCACAAUCUAAGUGAAGACUGUUUCGCACAGUUACAUAAUUUGGUUUAUUUAAAUUUAGUAGGAAACCUGUUAGAGUUCGUCGCAGAACGAGCACUCACUGGACUUCCUAAGUUACAAGUGUUGGACUUGCAUGAUAACCGCCUAACUGAGUUCUCCACAGAACAUUUUGAAAAUGUGUCUAGUGAGGAAAGCAAUUUGUCGGUGAACGUCAGUUACAAUCGCAUCAAGACACUCGCGGGCGGCGGAAGAGCGGUCUCCAUUAAUGUUCUAGACCUGUCGCAUAACUCGCUGGAGAGUUUAUCGAAAGCUUUCUUCGAUUGCGUGGGAGCGUCGCUGCGGCAACUGCUUCUAGCGAAUAACCACCUGACGCACAUAGAUAACUUUGCUUUCGGCGCGCUCUCCAAUCUGGAAAUAGUAAUUCUGCACCACAAUAAUAUCAGUGCGGUGAAACGGAGAGGAUUCGGUGAGGAGUCCGCGCUGCAGAUCCUGGACCUGUCGCACAACCGCCUGGCGCAGCUGGCGGCCGAGCAGUUCCACAGCCUGCGGCGGCUGCGCCACCUGCGCCUGGCCGGCAACGAGCUGCGCGCCCUGCCGCGCGACGUCUUCAAGAACACCGUGCUGGAGCACCUGGACCUGGCGCGCAACCAGCUGGCCGUGUUCCCCGGCAGCGCGCUGGCGCAGGUGGGCUUCACGCUGCGCCGCCUCGAGCUCGGCCACAACCGCCUUGAGUACCUGGACGCCGCCAUGUUCCAAGCCACCGCGUUCCUCCACGAGCUGGGCGUGGCCCACAACGCGCUCACCGUGCUCUCCGACAACACGUUCGCUGGGCUGGCGCGGCUCCGUCGCCUCGAUCUCUCCUAUAAUAUGAUCAAGACCAACUUUAAAGAAUUGUUCCACAAUCUGCCGCGCCUGCGACGUCUGGCGUUAGCUGGAGCAGGCCUGAAGGCGGUGCCUCAUCUGCCGUUAGUCAAUUUGACUGAAUUGGAUCUGAGCGGCAACAACAUAGCGUCGUACCGGGCCACCGACAUGCGCUGGCUCGGCAACCUGCGCGUGCUACAGCUUUCGCGCAACCGGUUCACGUCCCUGCAGGCGGCGAUGUGGGCCGCCGUGCCGCGCCUCACCUCGCUCGACAUCUCGCACAACCCUAUAGUUCGCAUCGCGAGCGGUUCAUUCGAGGGUUUGAGCCAUCUGCUGCAGCUGCGCGCCGACCAUCUUCGUCAGCUGGGAGCGAUAGAGCCGCGCGCUUUCCGGCCACUGUUAUCAUUGCGUUCUCUCACCCUCGAAUCCCUCGCAUUGAACGAGCGGACACAAGUGGCGCUGGCCGACAUAACCGCGUGCGUUCCCGGUCUAGAAAACCUCGAUGUGCACGUGCUGGAUCCUGUUCUAGAGUCCCAGCUAAGCGGGCUGCAGGCGCCCAAGCUGCGCGCGCUGCGGCUGCGCGGCGCGGCGCUGCGGCAGGUGUCGGCGCGCGCGCUGGCGCCGCUGGGGCGGCAGCGCGCGCUGGCGCUGCGGCUGGCCGGCACGAGCGUGCGCGCGCUGCCGCCCGCACUGCUGCGCCCGCUGGCGCGCGUGCCGCACCUGGCGCUCGACCUCAGCGACAACCAGCUCGUCAGCUUCGAGCCCGCCACCCUCUAUCCGAACCUCACCGGCUGGAACCGGGUGGCAACUAAACUAUUAUCUGGUGGGCUGGCGGUGGGCGGCAACCCGCUGCGCUGCGGCUGCUCGGUGUCGUGGGUGGGCGCGUGGCUGCGGCGCUGGACGGCCGAGGUGGGCGGCUGGUCGGCGGCGGCGCGCGAGGCGGCGCGGCGCAGCCGGUGCGCGGGCGGCGCCGUGCUGCUGGCUCUGCACGCGGACGAGGCGGCGUGCCAGGCGAGCGCGCUGUCGUCGCGCGCGCGCUGCUCGCGGCCGCGCGCGGCGCUGCUGUGCGCGCUGCUGCUGCUCGCGCUCAGCUAGUGGCGCGCCCACACACUCAACGUGAUCUACAAUAUUUGAAGUGUCCAAAUCUAUAGCAUCUUAGUGCGUGUGAUAUUUUGACUUUGACACGUUUUCUAUUAUACGUUACGUUUUAAACAACAACGAACA